UUUAUCAUAAAAAAAUAAAUUAUAAUUGAAUACUUUUUUAACAUAUAAAAAAGUUUUGUAAAUUAUUUUUUGUAAUGAAUAUAAUUAAAAAUUGUUAAUACAAUAUGAAAUAAUCAUAAUUUUAAUAUAAUGAUUUAUGUCACUUUAUUACCAAACUUUAUAACUGUUAUUCAUAAUCUAAAAUAGAUAUGAAAAAUUAUAUAUAUAAUUUUAUAGAUAUAUAUAUAUAUAUAUGUAAUUUUAUAAAUCUCAUCUUUAAUUAUAUUAUAACUAUGUAUUUUAUAAAGAUUUUUAAUAUUCCAUGCUUGCCAAUUAUUUAUAGUAAAUUUUUACUUAUGUAUAAUAUAAUUGCAUUUUAUAGUGCCUCGCAUGUGAUUUUGUUUAUUGAAAUACAUUUAUAAAAUUUUUUUAAAUUAAAAUAGCAUUAUUUAUGAUAGAUUUAUGUCUUGUUUCAAAAGAUAAAGAUGUAGAAUUCUCUUAGAAACCAGCAGCCAUGUUUGUUCCUUGUCAUAAAUACAGAUGGAGUAUCUAAAAAAGUCUUAUAAAAGUUUACUUAUAUUCUGUAUGAUUUGAUUGAUCUUGAUUGGUGUAAUUAUAAAUGAAGUGAUAAUACAUAUCUGUAUAAAUGGUGCGACAAGUUCGAAAAUCUAAUACAGUGACAUUCAAGAAUUUGUCAUUAAAUGGAUCAUUUUUAUUUUUUAACCGUCGAAGGAAAUUUAUAAAAGAAAGAAGAUGUUAAAUCAAGCUGUAGUCGAAGCUUUAUAUUCUGCAACAUAUAUUGAAAAUUAUUUAGAUUGUGUAGAAAACUUACCAAAUGAUUUACAAAGACAUGUUUCCCGGCUUCGAGAACUUGAUGCCACUUGUCAAACAUAUUUACGGGAGGUAGAUCAACAGCAAGAAGCAUUGCGAAAUGAUACAGAUUUGACAGUUAAAAGAAGAGCACUUUUAAGACUUCAACAAGCCUUGAUUGCAGCACAAGAAAUAGGAGAUGAAAAAUUGCAAAUAGUUCAACAAGUUCAAGAUCUUAUUGAAAAUAAAUCCAGACAAUUAGAUUUAGAUUAUCGUAAUCUUGAUUUUGGAAAAGAACAAGAAAAUAAUGAAUCAAUUCGUGAAACAAACACAAAUGUGACUUCUAAUUCUUCUGGUAAUGCAAAUAAUUCAGAAAGACAACCAAAAAGAGCUAGAAGGACAAGAACAGAAACAAUGGUUGAGUCUUCCAAUACUAUGGAUAUGAUUGUAAUGACAGAAACACGUUCAAAUUCUUUAUCAAAUACAAGUAAUGGUAAUCAAAAGAAAACAACUACUACUAAUACUGGUAAGAAAAAGAAAAGAAAAUCUAGACAAGGUAAUCAGCAAAAUCAACAUCGUGAAGAUACUCCACCACCACCAGAGGAUGAUCUUGCAAUAGAUCCAGAUGAACCAACAUAUUGCCUCUGUGACCAAAUAUCAUAUGGAGAAAUGAUAUUAUGUGAUAAUGACUUAUGUCCUAUAGAAUGGUUCCAUUUUUCAUGUGUUUCAUUAAGUACCAAACCAAAAGGCAAAUGGUUUUGUCCAAAAUGUAGAGGAGACAGACCAAAUGUUAUGAAACCUAAAGCUCAGUUCUUAAAAGAAUUAGAAAGGUAUAACAAAGAAAAAGAAGAAAAAUCGUAGCAGGAGAAAAUUGGUGAGCAAUUUAAAUAUUUUGGAAGACUUAAUUCAAUUUAAAGACAGCUUCUAUGAUAUAUUUUAAGUACUUUCUGAAAUCUUAUUAAGCAGAUUGAUUUGUGAUUUGUGAAUUAAUGAAAAAAAUAAUAGUUUCAUAAAAAAAAACAAAAUUAUUCUGUUAUUAAAUAUAUAAUUGUAUAGAUAUGCGUGUGAACUAUCAUAUAAUCAACUACAGUAGCAGAUAAAUUAUAUUUGUAUAAUAUUGGCUAUUGUAAAUAUUGUGACAAAACUAAAUAAUUACAGUAAAAUAGAUACUUUGUAAAAAAAAUAUGUUUUAAAAUUGCUUUAUAUUUAUUCAAAAAUUAUUGAAAAAUUAAUAGGCCUCUAUACUCUUGAGCAAUAAUGUGUGUGUAAAUACCAUUUAUCUAUGGUAAUUAUCUAAAAUAUAAUAUAUUUCAUAUUUAAAUUACAAUAGCAGUAUUAAAAGAAAAAAAGGAAUUUUUGUAACAUAAAUUAAUUGUGUCAUGAAUAAAAUGACUUAAGAUCAACAUCUUUUUUAAUUAGUUUGUAUUAUAGUAUAUAAAAUCUUAUUAGUGAUUGUCAUUAAUUCAUUAUGUAUUAAGUUUCAUUUAUAAAAUUCUGUUGCAUUAUUUGCAAAAUGUAUAUUUAUAUAAGAAGUAUAGAUUCUUAUGAUUGCAUAAAGUUUAUAAAAUUACAUACAUAAAUGAAAAUUAUACAUAGAAUCUCUAAAAAGAAAUUAUAUGUAUAACUUUGUUUAUUGAUGAGAAUUUAUUUUGUACAUAUGAACAUUGUAUUUUUAGGAUAUAAAUUCUCUUUAAUAUAUAAUGUACAAUAUAUUUAAUAAGAUAUAAUUUUUUAUAGUUGAAUAAAAACUCUAACAUAUAGCAAAGCAUAUUGUUUUUUAAAAACAAUUUAAAUAAUGCUUUGCAUAAUUAUAAACAAAUUUUUUAUUAAACAUGUUUAUAAAAAACGAUUUUAAUGUUUUUAUUAAAUUCAAUAAUUUUUAUUAUGA